AAACUGUUUAAUAAUUCAAUUUAUCUGAAUGAAUAUUCUACAUAAUGAGAAAACAGGUCUAUUGGAGUGAUGUUAUCUUCGAACUUUGUCAUGACAGGACACAAAAGACUCUUCGGAAAUGUAUUCCCUACGUCAGUGCAACGUCAUCAGUCACGAAGGACUUCCCCUCUACUUUCUUAACUGCCCUGCUGAUUCAGAUGACUGCUGUUCUCGCACGUGAAUCGAGUCACCUUUAAUAGCUGAUCUAAAUAGGCCCACUGAACUCACCCUUCAGUCAAGAUGUCUGCAGUGGAGUAUGAUGAGUACGAGUCCAAGUUUAUGCGUAAAGCAAAAGAAAAUCCAUUUGUUCCUGCAGGAAUGGCUGGAUUUGUCGCUAUUGUGGGUUAUGGACUCUUCCGACUGAAAAGCCGUGGCAACACCAAGAUGUCGGUGCACCUUAUUCAUAUGCGUGUAGCAGCCCAGGGCUUUGUUGUUGGAGCAAUGACGAUAGGUGUCAUCUAUUCAAUGUACAGAGACUACGUGUUGAAGCCCAUGGCUGAACAGAAAGCCCUGAACAGGAAAUGAACUGUUAUUUAUUUUUUAUUAAUUUCACCUCAUAGGUGUGUUACUACUAUAGGUGUGAAGUACUAUAAUUAAAGGACUCAUGUAGUAUGUUUGAAGUGAUGGGAAUCCUAUCCCAUUUUAAAAAUCGCUGUGCCUCAGAUUUCUGAGGUCACCUCUUUACCAUCUGCACCUCUUUUAUUUUUAUAUAUAUAUAUAUAUA